AUGACGGAGCGGGCAUCUUCUCGAUUUUUCCUUGGCCCCGCUAUACCCGUCAAUUUCUUGACUCCUGUAUCAGAUGGAGACUUGAAGACUAAGGCCGCAGAACCACGAUUAGAGAUCUUAGCUGUGGUAUCGGGCGGUAUGCUGGGUCAGCAUACGCCCAUCAGCAAUGGUAUCAUGAAGAAGAUCCACGAGAAAUUGGUAGUCCCAUGUUCAAACGAAGGUUCUGGAUUUGAUAGCCAUCCGAACGACCAUAAGGCUUGCCAGGUGUUCUACGGGAUGAUGAAUGACCCAGAGAUUGCGCAAUACAAGGUUGGAAGGGAGCACUCGACCAUUGAACUCAACCAAUGUCUUCCGACCUUCAUAAUCUUCAAAUCCUCUACCAUCGUCGAGAAAAUCCGGGGCGCCGACGGCCCGAAGUUACAAGCGGCAGUCAAGAAGCUCGUUGCGGAAGCCGACUCUGACGGCACUGGUGCUGGGGGGUUCGGCAGUGGUAGCGGUGGGGGGCCAAGAUGGCUCCCCUUCCCCGCCCCGCAGGGCUACACGGACGUGACGGACCAGGUGGAUGUGCGCGGGCUGGAUCUGCUGAAUAGUAGCAGUGAGGGUGGAGGGCCAAGGAUAUUAUUUUCGGGGGAAAGACCAUCAGGUUUGGUAGGGGAGGGGAAGGGGAAGGGAAAGAGUGCGGGUGGUAGUGGCGGAAAGCAAGAGGAGGAGGGGAAGGACUGGGUCGAAAGUGAUACUGAUGAGCAAUUGAUGCUGUAUAUACCGUUCCAGAGCACGCUCAAGGUGCAUACGCUGCAUAUUACGUCUUUACCGCCGAAAUCUCCGGAGGGAGAUGGGGAUGGGGAUGAGGAGAUUCCCAUGCGGCCGAAGAAUCUACGGAUUUAUUCAAACAGAGCGAAUGUGCUGGGCUUCGAUGAGGCGGACGGUUUACCGGCGCUACAGAGUGUGGAACUCAGGCCGGAGGAUUGGGACGAGAAGACUGGGUCGGCGAAGAUUAGUCUCCGAUUCGUGAAGUUUCAGGUCGUGCAUUCGUUGAUCUUGUUUGUGGUGGAUGGGGAAGGGGAGGGGGAGAAGGUCAGGGUGGAUAGGAUUAGAGUUGUGGGUGAGACGGGGGAGAAGAGGGAUCCGGGGAAGUUGGAGAAAGUGGGAGAGCAUGAUCACUGA